CAGAGGUUACAGGUUUGACAGUUUCUUCCUAGUGAGGGAAGAUGGCGGUGCACUGUUCGUGGAUGUUAGUAGCAAAAAGUUUAUUUUUGUCUUUACUGCUGUUACAAGGCUUAGGAAGAACCGGAGGUGUGGCUGAGCGAGGAAAAUGGACAUAUUUAGCUGACAGUAGCAAGAAAAAUGUAAUAUUUACGUUUAAGAAGACCCUGUUCAGUAAUACCACGAUCUACCUGAACUUGGAAGAGGACAACUGCACAGUGCCAGUGAUGCUCCAGAUUAACUGGUAUUUGCGAAGUUCUCACUGCCAUAAUGAGUUCUUUGACGUACCUGAUGAUGAAAAAAUGGCAGUGAGAUACUUAAAUAAUCAAGAUUCAGAAAUUACAGAAGGAAGAUCUGGACAGUACAUAUAUCACCAGUAUAAAGCGGUAGAGUGCAAACCGCACUGGACAGGUACAGAGCUUACGAUGAAAGACUUUGACAAGCCAAAGAUGUUAAAAGAACUAAAGAUCUUGAUGAGUCCUGUUGAUGACACUCAGACUAAGGUGGCAGUAAAGUCAAAAAGAGAUGCCGAAUCAGAUGUGUCUAAUAAAGAAUCACAGGAUGAAUCAAAAGCACAAGAAGAGAAAAAAGAAGCUAGUAAUCCAAAUGACAAAGACCCUAAAAAGGAAGAUAAGAAAACUACAAAAGCACUAUCUUCAGAUCAGAAAAAAUAUGCUGUUGCCCAAGCAUGGGAAGAUGCACCAUAUUUAUUUAUUGUACAGAUUAAUGAUCUUUCUUCCCAAGAGCUGAAGACACCCAAGCGUUGGUCAGUAAAAUUAAAAGUUUGGAUGUCUGGACCAUAUCAGUACCUCUCAGCAACAGACUGGCCUCUAAUGAUGUUUUACAUGAUAAUGUGCAUCGUCUAUGUCUUUUAUGGAGUUCUGUGGCUUACAUUAUCUGCCUGUUACUGGAGGGAUCUCUUAAGGAUUCAUUUCUGGAUUGGCGGAGUUAUACUCCUUGGAAUGGUGGAGAAGGCAGUUUUUUAUGCUGAAUUCCAGAAUAUCCGCUCAGAAGGAGUGCCAGUUCAAGGUGCAGUGGUCUUUGCAGAAAUCCUCUCAGCAGUAAAACGCACACUGGCCCGUGUCUUGGUGAUUAUUGCUAGCCUCGGCUAUGGAAUUGUUAAACCUCGCCUAGGAGCCCUUUUGCAUCGUGUGGUUGGUGUUGGGCUGCUGUAUCUCCUCUUCUCCUUAGUUGAAGGAAUUCUACGAGUGAAAUCAGAAAAGUUGGACAGUUCUAAUCUGAUGUGCAGAAUUGUGCUUGCCUUUAUUGACUCCUGUAUCGUGUGGUGGAUCUUUGUAAGUUUGGCUCAGACGAUGAAACUUCUGAAAUUGAGGAGGAAUGUCAUCAAACUGUCCCUGUACAGACACUUUACCAAUACACUAAUCUUCGCUAUCAUUGCAUCUGUCAUUUUUAUCAUAUGGACAAUAAAGACCUUUAGAUUUCCAACAUGCCUUUCAGACUGGAGAGAACAGUGGCUUGAUGAUGCAUUUUGGAGGUUUCUCUUCUCUGUUAUCCUUCUGGUUAUCAUAUUCCUUUGGAGACCUUCUGCCAACAAUCAGAGAUAUGCGUUUGUGCCGCUAGUUGAUGAAGAAAGUGAAGAAGAGAAAGACCAGAUGCUGAAUGAGGCAUUUGAAGGGAUGAAGCAGAGAGGAUCAAAAACUGAAGUGAAUGGAAUCAUCAAGUUUAAUAAAGUGGAUGAAGAUUUAAAGUGGGUCGAGGAAAAUAUACCAUCGUCCAUGGCUGAUCUGGCUCUUCCACCUUUACUUGACUCAGAUGAGGAAAUAAUGACAACAAAAUUUGAAAUGUCAAAAAUGGAGUAGGAACUGUGGGUUCUGCCUGAUCCCACUUUUACUUUUAAGGACCUUAAUAUCGUGAAUAUGAAGAUGGAGAGAAAUGUUAAAAAGGGGAAAGGCAAUUGUUACUUCCUUGUAUAAAUUUGUAAACAGCUGAAAAUUAUUUUAUUAUCACACUUUUGUAUUUAUAUAGUUCAUGGAAUUCUCAUAUUUUGUUUUACUCUUGCCUUGAAUCUACUGUGUAACCCUCCCUACUAGAAAUUCUAAGGAUUUUCAUUCCUUUCACUGAAUUUGUCACUUUUUUCCUUGGAGUCAGAAGGUGAUUGGUUCCGCAGUUUCAAGACAGUAUAGUUACAGUUUACGUUUUAUAUUUUAUUUAUUUUGAAGAGCUUUACAUGCUUUACAAAGUUAAUAGAAGUCUCACUUUUAUGGGUUUACCAAAGUUUCUCAUGCACAGCUGGUUUAACCGUGUUCUUCACCUGCAUUUGCUAACUCAGAACACAGGCAGGAUAAAGAAAAUCCUGAAGUUAUUGUUCAUUGUGGAUUAAUAUUUUAUUGAUACGGCUGUAUUCAUGUCUGUACACUUCAAAGGACUUUUUUGCCUUUGUUUCAAAAAUAUAUAAAAUCACUGAAUACUCACCCUCCGGAAGGGUCUGAGUGAUAAUAUAGAUUGAAAAUGGAAAAUGCAGUCCUUUUCUUCCCAAGGUCAGAGGCCAGUGUUGCAUGUGUAUAUAUAUAUAAACAUAUAUUUGUAAAGCAGUGUUACUGUGAUUAGUAGGGUGGCCAAGCAUCCCAGCUCCUUGAAAUUUGUAUAAAGUAAUUUCUACUCGAGUGUGAACAAUUUUUAUGACAGUAGCUUACACAUAUACUUUUUAUCACAAUGUCUUUAAAUAGGACACUGAUCAGUGGCAUGCGGUGACAGAGAUGCACACUUGGAUAGCCACUGUUGGUAUGUUCAAUGCAAGAAUAGUACACACAAACUGAUUUUCUGGGUUUUGCAGUAGCUUUUUCUGUUUUCCAGUGGGAAAAAAAACAGUUUUAGAAGGAAGAUUUGCUAAGACUACGUUAUUUCUUCCGAGUUACUCAUACUGUUGCUUAACACUCAUUAAAUAUCUUUAAAUUGCCACUGAAUGCACUUUUCACAAGCAUUGUCAGUGAUUUGACUGGUAGUUGACUUGCUUCUUUGCAAGGAAAAUUGUAUGUUGUUUUUUGCACUAAACAUUACAACCCAGAAUUAAUACUAAUAUGCCUACAGUAUUAAAGUGUCCUUCAGAUUAAAUGA